UCGCUGUUCUAGUCUAUGGAUUUAGUUCACUAAUGGCGUGUCUUCCGGUACCACACUAUAUAACGUCAAAAUGGCUAAGAAAAAAGGCGAUGAGAAAGUGAAUCAAACACCCCAAAGUGAUAAUGAGGAGCAGAAUUUUGACGAGGAGCCAAAUUUCGAUGAUCCGGAAGGAUUUGUGGACGAUAUCCCCGACGAGGAAUUGUUGGCGGACGUUUUAGAAUCGAAGCCAAAAGAAUCUGACGGCUACGAGAAUGUGGUCGUCGUGGAUGGGUGCCCGCAGGUCGGACCUGAGCGUCUCGAAAAACUCCAGAGUGUCAUAACCAAGAUCUUCAGCAAGUUUGGGAAGAUAGUCAACGAGUAUUAUCCCACCACGGAAACUGGUGUGACAACGGGAUACAUAUUCUUGGAGUACAAUAAUCCACAGAAUGCCGCGGAGGCAGUCGCCGCCACUAAUAACUGUAAAUUAGAUAAGCAGCACACAUUUUUAGUGAAUCUUUUUACUGAUUUUAAGAAAUAUUCAGAUAUCCCUAAAGAAUGGGAGCCACCAGCGCCUCAGCCAUUCAAGGUUCAGUCAGACCUGCAAUGGUAUCUGAUGGACCCGGAUGCAUAUGACCAGUUCCUUGUUGGUAUUGGAACUGGAGUGGCACUCCAAGUGUGGCAGAAUGCCCUGCCUGAACCCAUUGUUCUACAGGAGAGACCAAACUGGACUGAGACAUAUGCAGUCUGGUCUCCCCUGGGCACAUACCUGGCCACGUUCCACUGGCGAGGAGUAGCGCUGUGGGCCGGUCCCAAGUUCAGUCAGUUCCAAAAGUUCUUCCACCCUGAGGCAAGGUUCAUAUCCUUCUCACCGUGUGAGAACUAUAUUGUGACCUUUUCACCUAGUGGGGACAGAGGGGAUGAUAAGAAACUCAUCAUUUGGGAUAUUAGGACAGGUCAAGAAAAGCGUAGCUUCCCACCUCCAGACGAGUAUGUAACUUGGCCGAUUUUCCGUUGGAGCAAAGACGACAGAUUCUUUGCCAGACUCGGCCAAGAUAUGCUCUCUGUAUAUGAGACACCCAGCUUUGGCCUUUUAGAUAAGAAGUCCAUUAAAAUACCUGGUAUUAGAGAUUUCUGCUGGUCACCUUCUGACAACAUUCUAGCAUACUGGGUAGCAGAAGACAAAGAUGUACCAGCAAGAGUGACAUUGUUAGAACUCCCCAACCGCACAGAAAUACGCUCUAAAAAUCUCUUCUCUGUAGCCGAUUGCAAAAUUCACUGGCAAAAGAGCGGAGACUACCUUUGUGUGAAAGUAGAUCGCUACUCAAAAGUGAAAAAAGAUAAAAAUGAAAUCAAAUACUCUGGAAUGUACUACAACUUUGAGAUAUUCCAUAUGAGGGAAAAGGAGAUUCCAGUGGAUUCCGUAGAAAUCAAGGAACCAAUCCAGGCGUUUGCGUGGGAACCUAUAGGAUCGAAAUUCGCCAUAAUCCAUGGUGAUACAGCGAAUAUUUGUAUAAGUUUCUACCAAGUGAAUACUGGUCAAGCUCCGACUUUGCUGAAGAAGUUUGAAAGAACACCAUUCAACCAUCUUUUCUGGUCACCCAUGGGACAGUUUAUAGUGCUCGCUAACCUUGGACUAACCGGUGGUGCUUUGGAGUUCUUGGACACUAAUGAUUUCACUAUUAUGAAUGUGUCUGAUCAUUAUCAGAUGUCGGGCAUAGAGUGGGAUCCGACUGGUCGCUACGUAGUUACCGGAGUUUCGUCUCUGAAAUGCAAGAUGGACUGCGGGUACUACCUCUGGUCGUUCCAGGGCAAGAUUCUAAGAAGAGUAAUGAAGGAGGGCUUCGCUCAGUUCCUAUGGAGACCUCGUCCGCCCACACUGCUUUCUGAGAAGCAACAGAAGGAGAUCAAGAAGAACCUCAAGAAGUACUACUCGCAGUUCGAAUCCAAGGAUCGCAUGCGCAGCAACAAGGCUAGCAAGGAGCUGGUGGCGAAGCGCACGGAGCAGAUGAAGAAGCACGUGGAGUAUCGCGAGAUGAAGGCGCUAGAGUGGGCCGAGCAGAAGCCUCGCCGUCUUGAGCUGAGGAAUUAUGUAGACACGGACGGUCUCGAUACCGACGGGUCGGGUUCAGUGGAAGAAGUUGUAGAAUUCUUUAUCAAAGAGGAACAAACGGUCAUCGAGUAGUCGCCAUACCUCCCCACGUCUAGAGGUCGGACCCGAACUCCGACCUCCGCGAAAACCGGUUUAUACUGGUUCCAACCGCUUCAAACCGGUUCAACUGUAAAAAACACCAACGUAAAGAAUUUUAUCAACUUUUUGAAUAAACAGACCGCAUAUAAAAAGUCCUUUUUGUAUCAAUACUCCCCAAUAUUAUAGUCACAAAAAUAAAAAAAACUUUUUUCCAAUAUGUGCAGUGCAUUUCGGCUUAUAAAUUAUUAUUCGAUAGGUAAUGUUUAUAGAAAUCAUAUUAAAUUGAUACGUUUCAAAUGGA